ACAUUGCCGGAUAGUAUAUGUGAUUUCUUGAACUUACAGACUUUGAAACUCAACAAGUGUUCUAAGCUUGAAAGUUUGCCCAUAAAUACAAAAGACCUUAUUAGCCUUCGACAUCUUUAUUUGAAGGGUUGUGAUGAAUUAAAAUAUAUGCCUAGAGGGAUGAGACAAUUGAAACAUCUUAAGACGUUUAGCUUGUUUGUUAUAAGCAAGAAUGAGAGAGACGGCCAACUAGAUGAAUUAAAAGAAUUGGAUAUCGUCGGAUCAUUGACAAUUAAGAACCUUGGAAGAGUUAGUGAUGCAUCUAUGGAAAGAGGGAUAAGUAUGGCUAAAAAGACGAGUAUCAAUGCAUUGAAGUUGGAAUGGAGAUCUAUCAAUGAAUUUAGAUCUACUAUCAUUGAAGAUGAUGAUAAUGAGAGCAAGAGAAUUAGAGAUGAAAAAAUUGGUGAAGCUCUAGAGGUUUCAACUGCAAGGCUGAAGAAAUUGAAAAUGAUUGGUUACAGAGGUGUGAAUCUCACUAAAUUGGUGGGAAAAUCAUCUCCUUUUCUAACACGCCUUGAGCUUAGUACUAUUGCUAGUAACAGCGUUGACAAUGAAAUGAUAGUACUAUUCCCUUUGUUAGAGAAACUUGUUAUUAAAGUAAUGAAGAAUUUGAGGGUAUUGGUCUCUCCUACUAUUCCUAGUGCCGGAGCAUUCCCUAAUCUAUCCACGCUGUUCAUAUAUAAUUGCCCAAAGCUAGGGGCCUUGCCACCGCAUCUCAAAUCACUCAAACGUGUAACCCUUCGUGGUGAGUGUUCAGAUGAGUUGUUAUAUAGCAUCUCGAAUCUUAAUGGUACUCUCACUCAUCUGAAUCUUAGUGGAUUGAAUAAUGAUGUGGAGAAUGGAAUAUUUACCGUCAACAACAACAUGAAUGAAAUUGAAGUAGAGUUAUUCCCUUUGUUAGAGAAACUGGAUAUUAAUAAUGUGAAGAAUUUGAGGGAAUUGGUGUCCGGCGCUAUUCCUAGUGCCGGAGCAUUCCCUAAUCUAUCUAGUCUGCAUAUAUCUAAUUGCCCAAAGCUAGGGGCCUUGCCACCGAAUCUCAAAUCACUCAAAGAUGUAAGUGUAUCGGGCGGAUGUUCAGAUGAGUUGUUUUAUAGCAUCUCGAAUCUUAAUGAUACUCUCACUGAUCUCACACUUCAUCAAUUGAAUAAUGAUGUGGAGCACAUAUUCAGCGUGAACAACAACAUGAAUGGAAUUGAAGUAGUGUUAUUCCCUUUGCUAGAGAAACUUAAUAUUUGGAGUAUGAAGAAUUUGAGGGAAUUGGUGUCUCCUACUAUUCCUAGUGCUGGAGCAUUCCUUAAUCUAUGCACGAUGUUCAUAUCUAAUUGCCCAAAGUUAGGGGCCUUGCCAACACAUCUCAAAUCACUCAAACAUAUACGUAUUGAUGGUAAAUGUUCGGAUAAAUUGUUAUAUAGCAUUUCAAAUCUCAGUGCUCUCACUCAUCUUCACAUUGAAAAUAUGAAUGAAAGAAGUGUUUUAUUUGGAGCUGGUUAUAUGACAUUAAUAUUUGAUGAUGAAGCACAAUUAGGAGGAGGAGGAGUACGGUCAACUAAUUUCCAAUCUCUUCAAUCUCUGUAUAUUAGUAGCUGCAAGAAGUUAAGGCGUUUGUUUGAUGAGGGAAUGAUAUCAAAGAUUAGUGGCUGCCAGAACAAACACUUCUUUAACUCUCUCACGGAAUUUACUAUUUACAAAUGUCCGGAGUUGAUGAUAUCAGUUGAGGAAUUUGAAAACCUCAAUAUUAAUAAUUCACUACAGAGAUUGUGGAUUACAAAAUGUCCUAAGUUGGUGUCUUCAGAAGAAGCGGACGAUUUUAUCGCACUGCUGCGUUCCCUUCGAACCAGACUUGAUCCUGUGAACUUCAUAGCAGACAUUCUAUUGGAAGAGGAAUAGCAGAAGAAGAGUAAAUUAGAAGGACACACGUAGAAAGGAUCCUUUGAAUGAUUUCAAGUACAUACUAUGAAGGAGGAUGGAAUAUCACCUAUCCACAUUACUUGUACGUAC